AUGAUUGAGCUGGGCCUCGCUGACGGGAGCCUGAUUGAUGAACUGAUGGAGCUGACGGCUCAGAGCCUCAGUCAGCGGGAGAUCCAGGAGCACUUCAACAUCGUCAAGGAGAUCGGCAGAGGGAAAUACGGCAAAGUGCUGCUGGUGACACACCGCUUCAGGGGGACCCCCAUGGCCUUGAAAGUGAUGCCCAAAGCCUCGACUAAGCUGCCGGGCUUUCUGCGAGAGUACUGCAUCUCCUUACACCUGUCCUGCCACCCCUGCAUCGUGGGCGUCUUUGGCAUCGUCUUCCAGUCUAAUGAGCACUACUGCUUCGCCCAGGAGCUUGUCAUUGGCAGGGACCUAUUUGCUGUCAUCCAACCAAAGAUGGGUAUUCCAGAAUCUUCAGUCAAACGUUGUGUCCUCCAGAUCGCCAGUGCUUUGGAGUUCAUCCACAGCCAUGGCUUAGUCCACCGAGAUGUCAAGCCUGAAAACAUUCUUCUGCUGGACAAUCAUUGUACCCAGGUCAAACUGGCAGACUUUGGCCUGGCCCAGAAGAGAGGCACGAUGAUACGAUUCAUUACAGGCACACUGCCCUACAUGGCCCCGGAGCUUUGUACCAUGGCCCUGCUGGAGGGGCAGAAAGAAGUGACUGCUCCCCCCCUGAGCGUGGAGCCAAGCCUGGACACCUGGGCCUUUGGAGUGGUUAUCUUCUGCAUUCUUACGGGCUACUUCCCCUGGGAGCGCUGCAUGGACUCAGACGACUUCUACCUGGAGUUUGCUGACUGGUGCAGAAUGGAAGAGAGACCUAUCACUGAGGAGAACAUUCCUCCUCUGUGGAAAAGGUUCACUCCAGAAGCCAUGGAGAUGUUUGGUAAGCUCCUGGCUUUGGAUGCAGGAGAGAGGGUUACAGUUGGGGAGGUGAGAGCAUAUGGAGAGAAGGACUGGCUCAAGAAGGCAUAUGGGAACGAGCAACAGGAGACAACAGAAAAAGAAAUAGCCAGCAUCUCUAGAAAUACAUCUGUGCAUAGCAAGGUGGAGGAACCUCCUAAUGCUAAGUGA